AUGUUCGCUGUCCCCGGCUGGUCGAUCUCGACCUCCGACCUGAAGUCGCAAAAGGAAGACUCAUCGUCCAAGCAGAAAGAAACUGCAGUCACGCCCGACGUACCCACUGAAGCGAAAGCGAAUGGGAAAGCAGCGAGUCAAAGCGCAAAAAAGAGGAAGAGAGGGGAUGGCGUUACCAAGUCUAACUUGGAUGAAAUGUUUCGGCGUCACAUCGAAGGGCAAGUUGAUUCGAGGGGAAAUAAAAACAACAACAAAAAGAACAAGGGCAAGGACAAGAAGAAGGAUCAGGGAGAGGACAAGAAGCAAAAUGGGAACAUUAAUGGGAAUCAAAAAGAAAAGCGUCAAGUUGCAGGGGAAUCUGCUGCCAACGCAGAGGAAAGUGGUCGCUUGAGCAAAAAACAGAAAAAGAACAACCGCAACCGGGACAAACCACAGACCAACGGCGACACGCCAAAAGCUGAUACGGUGACUGGUGAUGCCCCAGCCGUUGAAGCCGUUCAAUUACCUCCCUCAAUCCCACCUGCAGCGGCAGCCAAACUUACGCCGCUCCAGCAGAAAAUGCGUGACAAGCUCGUGUCUGCUCGCUUCCGCCAUCUUAACGAGACCCUCUACACCACCCCCUCCAAACAAGCCCUUGAAAUGUUCGAUGCCAACCCGGAACUGUUUGCGGAAUAUCACGCUGGCUUUUCGCAGCAAGUCAAGGAAUCAUGGCCCUCGAACCCUGUAGAUGGAUACAUUGCCGCCGUCCGGAAACGGGGCGCCAUCUCAGCACACGCCGACAAAAGACACGGCAACAAAAGCCAGAUCGCGGCUCUGCCCCGCAGACCAAACGGUCUAUGCACAAUCGCAGACUUGGGCUGUGGCGAUGCCCAAUUUGCGCGUGCUUUGACCCCGUCGGUCAAGAAGUUGCAAGUAAAACUACUCAGUUACGAUCUACAAGCACCUGAUUCCGUAGUCACAAAGGCAGAUAUUUCAAAUCUUCCCGUUACCGAUGGAAGCGUUGAUAUUACGAUCUUCUGUCUCAGUCUGAUGGGCACAAACUGGGUAUCAUUCGUCGAAGAAGCCUGGCGCGUACUACGCAGCGAUGGCAAAGGCGAAUGCUGGGUUAGUGAAGUCAAGAGCCGCUUUGGCAAGGUGUCUCGCAAAAAGGCUCAAAUCGGACUGAAAAGGGCGGACAUGUCAAACACACAGAAGAAGAAGAACAGCAAGAAAAACAAAAAGAAGAAGAACAGCGACUCUGACGACAUUGAUGACGACGAGGACGAGGAUGAAGAAAUUUAUGCUGAAGAUGCUCCACAAAAUGCAAGUAGCAAUGGCGACGACACCGACAUUUCUGCGUUCGUGGAAGUGUUCAAGUCUCGGGGUUUUAUACUCAAGCAGGAGUCCGUGGACAAGUCGAAUAAGAUGUUCGUCAAGAUGGAGUUUGUGAAGGCUGGCGGUGCACCAACGAAGGGCAAAUAUGCCGGUGUGACUCCUGCACGCGGAGACAAGCAGGCUCCAGUGCAGACUAAGAAGAAGUUCAUUGACUAUCAUGAUGAUGAGAGUAGCAAAGGAUUGACCGCCGAACAGGAGGCCAAGGUUUUGAAGCCGUGUGUAUAUAAGAUUAGAUAG